UCAUAACAUCUACCUGGCAUGUCUCUUGCACCAAAAAGAUCUGAAAAGCCCAUGCUCCAUUGCCCUCAGGGAUGAGGAUUCGCCCACUCCUGCUGGUAUAGCAAAGCUGCUAGGCAGCUUGUCAUCAUCGCAUGCAGUCGUGAUGGUCCCCUCGAUUCAGUUCUUCACCACGGAAGUGCCGGCCACCACCGUGACCAAGCAAUGCCACACGCCAAUAAUCUUCCUCGUCACCUCGAUCAUAUACAGAUUUAUCAUCCCCUUUUGGUGAAACCCCGGAAGAGAUUGUAAAAGCUCGCCCUGGUGGCCCCGUAAACGUCAACAAGUUUCUUCCCACCGACGCAGAGCACAUGUACGGCCCACUUGUGGACUUCUAAGAGCUCAGUGCCGCUCUGCGUGUCGAUAAGCGAAUCGACGUGAACGACUGGCGCCUGAUUCAGAUGAUGCCGAAGGUGGAAAAAGUACAGCGAACGAUCAUGUACGUCAAUAGGGGCGGAUACAUCAUGCCCGUUAACGUCGUGCACAUCAAACUUUGCGCGACGCUGACGCAGCGGUUGAAGGCUCGCAUCGGUUUGAUUCCACAUGAGAUCGCACCCACAGCCACCAUUGCUAGGAGCUUCCCUGCUAUCGUCAAAAUUUACGAGGAGAUUGGGGCAGACGCCAAGGAGCAUUCCCAAGAGGUUAUUGUCGGCGGCGGCAACUCAGUCAAUGCACUGAUGAAAUGAGACGAGCAUCUUACCGAAGCCCUUUGGCCAUCUGUGUUAAUAAUGCUGGCAGAGGACUCGUUGCGGCCCUACCUAUAGCAUUGUAUGAGCUGCUUCCUGUCCUUGCAGAGGACGAUGACUCGGCUACGCCCGCGGCCCCACCCGAAAAGCUACAACCCGACCAGGUCUUGCUCAUAACGCCCCGGCUCGACGGCUUGG